AUGUUCUUCGGCGGCCCUUUGGUCGAAUUCUACAAAUCACAAUUAACUAGGAGUCAGUUACACGUUGCCUUAGGUCAACUGAUUGAUCCAAGAACGUCCGAAUACCAACACGAAAAGACUCUUAGAAAAGCUCAGCUGGAAACGAAAAAGCAAACUAUGCUUAUUUCAAUUGAUGAGAUGACGAAUGGAUUAUUAACCAGAAUCGAUGAGAAUGUGUCAAAAGCAUAUAUAAAUCAGCAUCGACUAAACAGUGAAUUCAAAGAGUUAAUAACUCAACUACAUAUUUAUCAGAACCAUGUCAAUAACUAG